AUGAAACCAGAAGAACUUCAGUAUAUUAAUCAAGUUGGAAAUGCUUUAGAUACGUUUGUUAACGCUGUGAAAAGUGAAAUAGCAACAGACAUCAUUUCAUCUGCUAACAAUAUUACAAAUUUAAUUCAAGAAAAUAUCAAAAUUCCGGUUACAACGUUUACAUCACAAAAUUUUGUAACAGCUCUCGAAAUAUCGCUUAGCAAAUCCAAUGCUCCUAUCUUAAUUUCAGUUUUUUCAAUGCUUUCAAAAAUAUUUUUUGCAACAGAUAAAUUAACAAGCUCUCUCAAGAUUAAUAUCAUUGAAUUGUUUAAGCAUGCAUCAUCUCAAAUCCUAUUAGAACAAAAUGUACCUAUUUUCGCUUGUCUUCUUAAUAUAGCAAGUGAAUACAAUCAUAAUUCACAUGAAAUAAUAGAAUUAGCAUCGUUUUCAGAACUUCUCUUAGAAUCUCUUAAAAAACGCGAAAUCACUUAUUACGAUGUCCUUUAUCUUUACAAUGUUCAUACAGGAUUACCGUAUGAGCCUGUAGACAAUCCUUUAACAUGCAAUGUAAUGCGUCUGCUAUUCGAAGUAGCUUUCAAUUCCCCUCCUGAAAUAGGAAGAGUUGCUUUAUUUACACUUGCAAAUAAUACUGUUCUCAGAAUGCUUGGUUCUACACGUAUUCUUAAUGCUUGUGGACUCUUUGAUAGAUUUAUCGAAAUACUACCGCAGCUUUCCGGUGAAUAUCUCGAUGCAGUCAUUUUUAUUUUGUCAAGAUUUGUUCAUAACGAAAUGUUUGAGGAUACGAACAAAAAGGAUGUAUUUAGCAAAGCUAUUCCACUUGAUUAUUUCGCUCAAAAUAUAGGAAAUUUCGAAGAAUCUUGCAGAUUGUCAUUAAUUAGUUUAAUUACCGAACUUGGUAGAACAAGAACCUUAGAUAUACUACAGACAGAUAUUGUUUCUUAUCUUUGUGAUUGGUACACUAACAGUCCAAACUACAAUGUCUAUCAAAAAAGUGGUCUUGCAUUGUGUUGCAUGAUUUCCAACUUAGAAGACCCUUAUACUCAGUUUCCAAAUGUUUUUGAAGUACUAAAGAUCCUUAUCGAGAAGAUUGCAGACGGUUCUGAUGAAAUGGUUGCUUAUUUCGUCAUAAAAGUCGCUUUCAAGAUCAAAGCAAAGAUGUCAAUGAAUGGAUUGGCCCAGAAAUAUGAAGAUCAGGCAGAUAACAUUGGUUUGAUGGAAAUGAUUGAAACUUACAGUGUUUCUGGAAGCGACAACUUGAUUGAUGCAAUAGAAUUCUUGAAUUUAAACAUUGACUUCUAUGGAUUAACUGAGAAAUUGAAAGAAGCAAAAGAAGAAAGAGAUCGAUUGGCUCUGGAGAUUGGAGAACCUCUAAAAUAUCGAUAA